UCCACCUUCAGUUCUUAAAAUGGGAGAAGUGAAGUUGUUUGGAGCUUGGCCAAGUCCAUUUCUUUACAGAGUCAUAUGGGCUCUGAAACUAAAGGGUAUAGAAUAUGAGUACAUAGAAGAAGAUCUCACCAACAAGAGUGAUUUGCUUUUGAAAUAUAACCCAGUUCACAAGAAGAUCCCUGUGCUUGUUCAUGAUGGAAAACCAAUUGCAGAGUCCGUGGUUAUCCUUGAAUACAUCGAUGAGACAUGGCCAGAGAAUCCAUUGCUACCCAAAGAUGCACACCAGAGAGCUGUAGCUCGAUUUUGGGCAAAAUUUGCCGAGGAUAAGGGCCCAUGUAUCUGGUCACUCUUCAGCACUUGUGGUGAAGAACAAGAUAAGGCCAAGAAAGAAAGCUUGGAAAUGCUGAGAACCAUAGAAGAGCAUUGCCUUGGAGAAAAGAAAUUUUUUGGUGGUGACACCAUUGGAUUAGUUGACUUGGCCUAUGGAGGGAUUGCUCACUGGUUGGUAGUGAUGGAAGAUGUCCUAGACGUGAAGUUGGUGGAAGCUCAUACUUUUCCACGCUUGCAUUCAUGGAUUCACAAUUUAAAGGAAGUUGCUGUCAUCAAAGAAAACCUGCCGGAUCGUGAGAAGCUGUUUCUCUUUCUCAAACACAAGAGGGAGAUGCUUCUAGCAUCUGCCUAGCUAACUACUAUAACUAUGUCAUAUGGGUUCUAUGUAUUUUCUCUGUAGUCAAUGYUUAUGGCUUCGAAUAAUGAAUUCCAUGGAUGCAUCUGGUGCGAGAUUCGAUUGUGCGCUUA